AUGAACUUACCAAAGACUUCCUCAACCUUUAGGAUAUUUCACAUGCGCAUAUGCUUUCUCAUUGUCCUGUUUUCCCCUGAUGGUUUAAGAGCUGAGAUGGGGACAACACCCAACCUGAAACACAUUGUAAAAGGGCGAUGUUACAGCUACAUAACACUAGUUAACCCUAACUCCAGCUAUGACUGUGAAAAGAUUUGGAGGGAGUUUGAGGAGGCUGUUGUGAGGGAGUCUCCCUGCAAUGUGAAGGUGAAGGACUAUCGACGGAUGUUCCGUGCCAUGCAACAGACUUUGCCGUGUGGUAAGUUGCUCUUCUGGAGUAAGACCAGGGAGUUGAUGCACAACUAUGCAGCUGUAACACGUCGUUUCUGGACCCUGGAGGACACACUUGUGGGAUACAUGUUCAAUGAUCUCAUCUGGUGCGGACAGGAAAGGGAAGACAGAGGCUUUGAUUUCAACUCUUGCCCUGAGUGGUCGACAUGUGUGAACCAUCCUGUUUAUUCCCUGUGGAGGCAAGCUUCACAAAAUUUUGCUGCAGCUGCGUGUGGCAACAUCACAGUACUGCUUAAUGGAUCCAUAGAUAAUGCCUUCAACAAGAAAAGCAUGUUUGGAAGCGUGGAGCUGGAUAGCCUGAACCCCAGGAUGGUGGAUCAUGUCAACAUCAAGGUGGUUGCCAACCUGGAAGGUCCCUUCAUAGAGUCGUGCAGCCAGGGCUCCAUUGUGGAUCUGAUCAAUGUCUUACAGAAGAGAGGGUUUCACUGGACCUGCACAGACAGUGACCUAACGUUGAUGAACAUCCAGUGUGUGCAGAACCCUCAACAGUUCUCCUGUCUGACCUGUGCUAAAAGCCUACAACACAGAGAUCUAUAGAGUCCA